GUGGCAAUUUUCUUUUCACAGUUCAGUCACCUCUUUCUUGGGCUGAGAGAAUGAAAUCUAAAAUGUUGAAGACUUCUGGAAUUGGAGGAGGAGAUGCUGAGCUUUGAGUCUUAAAAUCAUGCUGGUGUCAUGUUUUGAAGCAGAAAAUGCUGGGACAGAAGAGAUGAGUACUACCUUUACUAAGGCCUAAAACUGCCUGUUGAAAAACGAUCCUGACCAGGCAAUAUACGAAUGGCCCAAGGAAGCCAGCAAAUUGAUAUUCAGGUUUUACAUGACCUGCGACAGAAGUUUCCUGAGGUACCUGAAGGUGUUGUAUCCAGAUGCAUGUUACAGAAUAACAAUAAUUUGGAUGCCUGUUGUGCAGUUCUCUCCCAGGAGAGCACAAAGUAUCUCUACGGUGAAGGAGACCUAAGUUUUUCGGAUGAUUCUGGGAUUCCUGGACUACGAAAUCACAUGACAUCUCUUAAUUUGGAUUUGCAGUCACAGAACGUGUAUCACCAUGGAAGAGAAGGAAGUAGAAUGAAUGGAAGUAGGACUCUAGCUCACAGUGUUAGUGAGCAGACAGCACCGGCGCAGGUUCCACAAGGAUUUAAUGUCUUUGGGAUGGCUAAUACCGUUAGUACUUCUAAUCCAGGGCAGCAUCUUGGAUUUCACCUAGGCAGCAAAGGAGUAUCUAACUUGUCUCAACAAACACCCAGAUUCAACCCCAUUAUGGUAACUUUAGCCCCAAAUAUUCAGCCUGGUCGCAAUACCCCUACGUCUUUGCACAUACAUGGUGUACCUCCUCCUGUACUUAACAGUCCACAGGGAAAUUCUAUCUAUAUUAGGCCUUACAUCACAGCUCCUAGUGGUACCGCUCGACAGACACAGCAGCAGCCAGGCUGGGCAUCUCAGUUUAAUCCCAUGCACCCUCAGCAAGUCUACCAGCCUUUGCAGCCAAGUCCCUGGACUACUCUCCCUACAUCCAGUACUACGCCACAUACCUCAUCGCAACAUUCAACGCAGCCAAAUCAGCAAGGCCACCAGACUUCUCAUGUCUAUAUGCCUAUCAGUUCUCCUACUACUCCACAAGCACCUAUGAUUCAUUCAUCUGGUAGCUCACAAUCCUCUCCUCAUAGCCAAUACAACAUUCAGAAUAUAUCCACAGGACCUCGCAAAAACCAAAUUGAAAUCAAACUUGAACCACCACAAAGAAACAGUUCUUCUAAGUUGCGUUCAACUGGCCCUCGCACCUCCACUACUCCCUCUUCCCACAACAGCCACACAUUAAGUAGAAGUCAGCCCACUGUUUACAUAUCGGCCAGUCCUCCAAAUACUGAUGAAGUGAUCACACGCGGUCAGCCCAAGGUCUACAUUUCAGCAAAUGCCACAACAGGAGAUGAUCAAGUUGUGCGGAACCAGCCCACGCUUUUCAUAUCGACAAAUCCUGGAGUAUCUACCACUUCUAGGAAUAUGUCUGGUCAAGUAAGCAUGGGUCCUGCAUUUAUUCAUCACCAUCCACCCAAGAGUCGAGCAGUGGGCAACAGCACCACUGCAACCUCUCCUCGAGUGGUGGUUACGCAGCCUAACACAAAAUAUACUUUUAAAAUUACAGUUUCUCCAAAUAAGCCCCCUGCAGUUUCCCCAGGGGUAGUGUCCCCAACCUUUGAACCUACAAACCUUCUAAACCUUCCUGAUCACUAUGUUGAACCAGAGGGUAUCCAGCAUCUUACUGACCCUGUUUUAGCACAUGUGGAUAGGAUCAGUGAUGCACGGAAAUUGAGUAUGGGAUCUGAUGAUGCUGCCUACACGCAAGCUUUACUGGUACACCAGAAGGCCAGGAUGGAGCGACUUCAACGAGAACUUGAGAUUCAAAAGAAAAAGUUGGAUAAACUAAAAUCAGAGGUCAAUGAAAUGGAGAAUAAUCUAACACGAAGGCGCCUGAAAAGAUCGAAUUCUGUUUCCCAAAUUCCAUCACUGGAAGAAAUGCAACAGCUAAGAAGUUGUAACAGACAGCUGCAGAUAGACAUAGAUUGCCUAACCAAAGAGAUUGAUCUUUUUCAAGCAAGAGGACCACAUUUUAAUCCCAGCGCUAUUCAUAAUUUUUACGAUAAUAUUGGAUUUCUUGGUCCGGUGCCACCAAAACCCAAAGAUCAGAGGUCCAUUGUGAAAACACCAAAGACUGUUCCAGACGCAGAUGAAGAUGAGGGAGCUCAGUGGAGUUGUACUGCCUGUACUUUUUUAAAUCAUCCGGCCUUAAAUCGCUGUGAACAGUGUGAAAUGCCCAGGCAUUUCUGAGCCAACAGGCCCGUUAGCUUUUGUAAAACCACAGCAAACGUACAAGGAGCUAUCCAGUCAUUGGGGGGCAAAAAAAGCAUUUAUGCGUAGGAUUUUGUAAAAUUGAAGGUGUGACAAGAUGGUAUUUUGCUAAUGUUAAAUGUCAGCCCACAGAGCUAGUAAUACCUCAGUGUUGUGUCACAGGCAGUUGAAAUUGAUCGGCUGAAAGGUAAUCUGCUGAAAGACUCGGUUGCCAGCUGCCUAAACCAUGUACAGUAUUACCAGUAUCCCAGUAACACACACCAUGUUCAGUGCUUGGGUGUUGCCCAUCCUCUUCUCUGCCCCGAUGUCACUACUGAAUUUUGACAGGGGAAAGGAAUAGAGUGCUAGCGUUUUUGUUUUCAGAGCUUUCAGUGAAACACUACAUGCACAGAGGAGAUCUAAAAGGAACAAGGUUUAACUGUUUAAACUGUUUGCUGCCACAUAGUGCCUUCGAUAAAGGGAAGAACUUCACAAAUCAGUGGUACUCUUUGCCUUGUCUUCCCUGAAAACAUCUCUGUGAAGCCAGAAAUCAGUACAAUCACAUCUAAAGAUGAAAAGGAAAAACUGCAUGCGUUGUCUGUACAAUACACACAGUGAAAUACCCCAAAGCUUUUCCUACUGUACAUAGCUCUAGAGCCUGCUUUAAGUGAUUUCUUUUCUUCACCUUUAUUAUUUUCUUGUACUUCUGUAUGUAUAGUGUAAUAGUCUUUUUGUUAACUUUCUUUUUUUCCCUUUAAGUGAUUAAGCACGAUCAUGUCCCUUUUUUUUAAGCUUUUAUCUGAGAGAAGCAAUGCCUUAAAAUAAGAGCAUUAAUAAGAAACUAUGCACAAAAUAGCUUUCCUCUGCUCAUUCUGUACAUUGCUCUUGUAAAUGCUGAUGAUCUGUGAAGACCUGCAGAUGCAGCGUGGUAAAAAUGCAGGAGAAGUUGGAAGAGUUAUGCAUAUAGUUCACUCUGUACACUGAGUUUUACGGUGGGUGACACAAGGUAGCGUUUUGUCUGGCGUGAGGAAACUUUGUACUAAGAAACUUUCAACCCACCAACAGAUCAGCAUCCGAUUUAAGCUUGCUUCAUCUGCUGGGUAUCUUGCAGACUCCUGAAGAGAGAUUCAUUGGGGAAGUACAUACAGUGCCAAAACCAACAGCAGCAGCAUCGUACAGCUUUGUUCAAGGACUUUAAAUGCUUUCCUGUUUUGGCAGCCAGUUUCCAAACCUGACUGUGGUGAAGUCUCAUAUUUAUAGAAAACAAGGAUAGCAAUAUUUAGGACAACUGAAAUAAAGGCUGGAAAAGAGAAAUCAAACAGACUUGAACACUGAAGCAACCUCAAGCAUCUCUUUUAUUUUGAUGAUCUAUUUUUUUAAGGAAAAUAUUCACAUGAUCGGGGAUGUAUGUAACCGAGAUCAAGAAAAUGGAAUUCCAGUACAGUAUGCAUGAAAAGACGGCACGCAAAGAAUUAUGUAGCAGCACUUAGCGUGAGGCUGGAGGGAGUGCUAACCAUGUAGCAAGAGACAAAGUAGACUGUCACCCACUGUAAACAUUUGCCAGUGGACACUUUCCUUAGGAGUUUUACAAGUGAUCUAUGUGAAUGCACAGAGGCCUUUGUUUUGAAGGCUUUGCAUUUUUUUUACGUGGGAAGGAAAUGCCAGUCCCAGGUAAUUAGGCAGUAGACCCAAAGCACUUGCAUUCAAUGCAUUUUGUUUAUAAAUUGAGGCCUUGUUUUUCAGCUUCAUCUGCAGUUCUAUGUGAAGAUUGACAAAUCAGUUUUUACCUGUUUAUUAAUAAAACCUAAUUUGGAUA